GCUCAACCACUCACUCACAUUAGUAAAAUAUUAACAGAGGUUAUUGGUUGUCAUAGUAAAAUGAGAGGUUGCACUGAACGUAAUUUCAUUUAUGGAGGCUCAGAAAAUUGACAUCAUGGCCGUGAGAACAUAUAAAUAAGGCGCACGCUGCAUUUCAGACCAGCUGCAGCAAGGUCUCUGAAGGGAGUAUUCGACGGGCUGAGUUCCUCUGGAGGCACUGCAGAAACCAGAUUUUGGAAGACAAACUGAGAAGCUCCUUUUCAGAAAACACUUCUGAGAACAUCUGAGAGAUUUUUUUCUUCUGUCUUUCAUUGCGUCUGCAAUUUCUUCUAAAAAAACAUGUGCACUGGAAGUUGUGCUAAGUGCCUGGGAAUCACACUUAUCCCUUUGGCUGUGCUGUGUACAAUCGCCAACAUCUUGCUGUUUUUCCCUGGAGGAAAAGUGGUUGAAAACAAUGACCACAUUACAGACGAGGUUUGGUACUUCGGAGGGAUCUUGGGAUCCGGCGUAUUGAUGAUCUUUCCCGCCUUGGUGUUUUUGGGCCUUAAGAACAAUGAUUGCUGUGGAUGCUGUGGGAAUGAGAGCUGUGGAAAGAGGUUUGCGAUGUUUUCCUCUAUAAUAUUCGCUGCAGUUGGAUGUCUGGGAGCUGGAUACUGCUUUGCUGUGUCAGCAGUAGCCAUAAACAAAGGCCCUAAAUGUAACAGCAUAAUAGGGUGGAUCUAUCCCUUCAAGGAUGGGGAUUAUCUGGGCGACCACAACAAGUGGAAGUUGUGUGUGUCACCUGAAAAUAUCGUCCCCUGGCACCUGACGCUCUUUGCUUUGCUGUUGGUGAUGAGCGGGAUCCAGGCCGUGCUGUGCGGCAUUCAGGCUGUGAACGGGGUCUUCGGAACGAUCUGCGGGGACUGCAGAUGCUGCGGAUGCUGCGGGGUGAGCCACCAGUUAUUUCCUUUUGUUACUUUGUGCACUGACAACAGCUACAGAUGCACUCGAUGGGCUGGCAGUCUGAAAAGCCAAAGCAGCCUUCGUUCAGCACUACGGUGGUAUUUUCUAAAACCUUAGCGUUGCCAGGUGCCCGAACAUCGCCUCGGUCCUUAUGCGUGGGGUUUAUCUGACAGCUUCCUACAGCCCCCGGAAAAGGAUAAAAUCCUGUGGAAGCCACGUGAAUAGGAGCCGCUGAAUAACCUCCGUGAUUCCUUUCUUGCAGGGAGAUGGACCCGUCUAAAGAACGUGAGCGGUGCAAAGAGCCCUUCCCACCUUCUGAAACCACUCGGUUCCAGCAGCGCAGCCACGGCCGAGAUCAGAAUGAAGGGCAGCUCCCCGCACCGAAGGGGUGAAGCCCUGACUUCUCUUCAGGCACCCACGUGCCUGGAACCUCUCCUCAUGGAAUAAAAUAAGCAAAAGUCAACUCUCAUAAUCAUAUUUAUUUUUUGUAAAACAGAUUCCGCAUAGGAUUUUGCCCGAGAAUUCUCUUUUUGAUCGUAAUAGCUUUCUAACUGUAGAUCACCAAACGGUGCUGGUACGAGUUCAGUUGUUAUGCAAUUCUAUCUAAUCUCUUUUGAAGUUUAUCAAAUGGGAAUGUCCUAAGAAUAUGGGAACAUGAAAAGAAGUGGAUCUUCUUUUAAGGAUAUGCUCAUGUGCACAGAAAAGCAAGGACUUCUUUCUUCCAGAUCUGCUCCUUAUAAAGAUUCUGUAACAGAAAAGAUUCAUCAUCUCAGCGUCUCUUUUCUUAAUGGAGAAAUAGGCAUAUUUAGCAGCACUGCUGUGCAGGGAAUUACACAGUCAAAGCAAUGGGCUGAAGAACAGACUGCUGUGAUCAGUCUGCAGCAUUAUGAGCCAGCCUGGACACCACCACGGCCAGCUUUAGGAACUCAGUGAGGAAGGCCAGUGCCCAGCUAUUACUCAGCAUGACAGGGCGCUGGCUUCUCCCCAUGCUUUCCUCUGGUCACUCUACUGCAGGAGGGGUAAUAGCACAGUAUGACUGCGGCAGAUGAAACUGAAAACUGAAAGUAUAUGGAAGGCGUACAGAGGGACUUCCCCAGAGUAUUUCCACAGACAGCAACUCUCUGCUGAGCAGGGACAUCCUGAGGCAGAAGUUCCAUCUCUGUAUUUAACUCUUCUUGACAGAUUUCUUUUCCACGAAGUUGCUCGCUUCCUUGAAUUGCAAUAUUCCUUCUGUAGCCUAACUCCACGCUGUGGAUAGAACCUCCUUUGUUCUGACCCUGCCACGUGCUCCUUUCAUUUGAUGCCUCCUCACUCUUGUCUGCAAGAAAGAGUGUACGGCCUCCCUGUGGCAACUGAUUUCACAGGUUCCCGUAUCUCCUCUUAGCUUUCUCUUUCUUCGCCUGAAGAGCAUUCACGUACGCAGCCAUUCAUGAUGUAGAAUUGUUUCCCCUUCACUUGACAUUUUUUUCAGCUUUCCCCACUACACUCUGGGAUGGGAGGGGCAGAGCAGCACAGUGUUCCUGGCACAGUCACAUCGUCCUAGCAAUUCAUUCUCUUCUUUUUAGGAAAAAAAAAGAAUCUUUUAAAGCUUAAAGAGAGAAAACUAUUUCCCAGAGCAAUCAAGAAGGAAACAGAGGGACUGAAGGCUGAGGGAUUCAGGCCACCUUCACACUUCUUAAGAAAGCUCCUAUAGCAAAUCUCCACAACCCUGUUUGCCAGACUGGGGAUUCCAAGUUCAUCAAGGCACUGGCCACAUCCUUUUCCCCCCAAAUUCCCCCCCCAAAACAGUGAUUCAGUGCCCUGUUUUUUCAAAAGCAUAUCUCAUGCACUCUGCGUCUACACCAGAGAUAUAUAAAGAGCUUUGAGGAUUUAAAAGCAGUAGAAGCUGGUAAGCAUUAUGCAACAAAUGUUAAAUAGCUAUGCAUCCACACAUACACAUAGAGUUAAAUUAACACAAGCAAAGGGGUUUAAUGAUACAUUGUGCAAGAUGAUAAAUGAUGAAAGAGCUCUUUAGGAACAGCUGUCUCUCCCACCUGUUACAGUGCAUUGCUAGAGAAUUUGAGAGUGCCCUUUAUAUCACCACCCACUGACACAGCCAUUUUACAUCUAUUCUUUCACCUGUGCUUAGCAGCUGUCCUGCACCUCAUCUUGCAUUUGUCUCGUUUUAUUUUUAUGAAGCCUUUGGGAAUAUGGAAUGUUUCUCAUCAGCAUUCAGCAAAUGGAUGCGUAGCGACAUAGCGUACAACUCAGAUUUAUUAAUAAACUGAACACGUACAUCUCUGCGGGGGAGUUGGGACAACAAAUGAGGAAGCUACGACACCUAAACAAAAAUACGGAGCACUUCACGAGUCAACGCUUCUAAGACGCCCAGCACAAUGGUUUUCUAACAAGAGCUAACGAGCCAAUACUGAGAUAAGGCACACACAUUUUAAUGCUGUGAUCUAGCCCUGGGUUGUACUGAACAAUCCUAAAGAACAGGGUUUGCCACUGACUUGCCAGCAGCACUGUUCCUAAAGCUCUUCCGCUACGGUUAGCAUUUGAGGCAAGAGAGAAACCAAAACCGAAGGGAACUGAAGGCAAAACAGACCCCAGCGGUCCUG